AUGACUACGCCGACACCCGUUAUUUUCUCAUAUCAUGGAGGUGUUCGGACCGCGGAGGACGAGCUAAAGCUCGAUCAAUUGACCAACCCAGAAUUUAAUGACAAAGCUAUUGUUGUUUACCCACAGGGUAUCAAUAAUACAUGGCAAGGAGUUCCCGGCGUCCAGACCAAUGAUAUUCAGUUCACAGCGGACAUACUUGACCAGAUCGAGUCACGAUGGUGCAUUGACAAGGCUCGUGUUUGGGCCACUGGGAAAUCUGAUGGCGGUGGCCUUUGCAACGUCCUUGCGUGCGAUGAAAAUUUGUCGAAGCGUUUCGCAGCUUUUGCUCCCGUUUCCGGAGCCUACUAUAUCGACACGCUACCCUGUAUACCAUCAACAGUAUCUAUUCCCUGUCACUCAGCGCGGAAGACCAUCCCCUUCAUGGAAUUUCAUGGCGGGAAUGAUACUACGAUCUCUUACCUAGGUGGCGAGCGCAAAAAGGAGUGUUUGCCUAGUAUUCCGCACUUUAUUCAAGAAUGGGCUACACGAAAUGGCUUGGAUAGUGAGCACAAUACCACCAUUCCCUUGGCCUCAAACACUGUUAUCUAUUCCUUCGGACUUACUGGACCUGUCCGUUUGGUCUAUGAUUCUGUAAUUGGCCAUGAUUGGCCGAGCACAGUCCCAAAUGCCGAUAAUCAAGCGGCAGGUCAUCACCCCGCAAGUUUCAAUGCCACGCCAAUCAUACUGGAUUUUUUCAGUCAGCAUAGUUUAGCUCCAUAA